AUGGCUAUUUCCAAGACUUUCAUCCUUGCCGCUCUUUUGGCUUACGCCGAGGCUCGAUUCGGACAGGAGCAGGAACCCGUUGCUGCUGUUCAGGCACUUGAUGGCUCUUUCGGCGACCCUGGUGCUGCUGCCACCAUUGCUGGUAGCAUCCCCAGUGCUCUGCUUGCCGCUGCUAGCCCUUGUGACAAGCUCACCAUCGCUGAUCAGAUGAUCGAUGAGCUUGGAGAUGACCAAGAAGUUAUCGAUGCAGCCAUUGGCCUCGUCGCUGCUGAGACCAACUUCAACCCUUCGGCUGUCGACAGACCCUUUGUCUGUGCCGACCCUGCUCUCCCAGCCACAGCUGCUCUUCGAGGAAUCAUUCCCCUCGUUGACCCAGCUGUCGAUGGUGCUGACACCCAGAAUGCCAACUCAGCCGCCUCCGUCGCAACCCCCUUUGAUGCCACUGGUCUUUCACAGGCUGAGGUCAUGAUUGCUCAAGGAUUCAGCACCUUCCAAGCUGUUGAUGCCAACGGCGACAACAUCGAGCUCGCUGGUCAGGAUGGCGCUGCUGGAGGCGGUGCUGGAGCUGGAGCCGGAGCCGACGCUGAUGCCGGUGCCGAUGCCGAUGCCGAUGCUGAUGCAGGCAACGGAGGAGCCAACAACGGUACCGCUCCCGCCGACGGAAACGACAACCAAAACGACAACCAGAAUGAUAACCAGGAUGAGGACUGCGAGGAGGAUGACGCCGCUAAUGACAACGGCAACAACCAGAACAACAACAAUGGCAACCAGAACAACAAUAACAACAACAACAACCAGAACGAUGGUAACGACAACCAGAAUGACAACCAGAACGACAACAACAAUGACAACAACAAUGGCAACCAGAACGGCAACAAUGGUAACAACAACAAUGGCAAUGGCAAUGCUGAUGAUGAUGCUGAUGAUGCUGAUGAUGCUGAUGCCGACAACGGUAACAACGCCGGUGGAAAUGCUGGAAACGGCAAUGCUGGUGCUCUCGACUUCGGUGUCUGCCAGCCCACUAUGGCCCUUAUCGGUGGUCUCAACGGUCGCCCUGCUGACGAGUUGACCUUUAUUCCCCAAGACCCCCUUAUUGCCGACGGUCAACAAGAAGCUCUCAACCCCAACAUCAUCACCAACCGCAUUUGCGACCAGCUCACCAACGUCUGCGAUGCCAGCGCGGAUGCCGUUGCAGCUUGUGAGAGUGCCCAGGCCGAGAUUGAGGCUUUGGGAACUCGCGACCAGAGCACUGCCGACACAUGGAACGCUCUACUUGGUUUCGCUGGUGCCGACUCUACGCAACAGCAGGUUUAA